GUUGUUUUAAUAGCAACUUUGAAGGACGCAGAUUUAAACCGCCGAUUGAUUAUUGUAGUCAAAUUUUGUAUUCAUUCGAGUUACGGAAAAUAUUUUACAUGUACCAGCCACACGAUUCCAAUGCUCCCAAAAUGGGGUUUAACCAGAAGGGGCUGCAAUGUACUAAACGUUCACAAUCUGCCGGAAAUCACGAAGAAGAAUGUGGAGGAGCAGGAAAUCUAGUGAUGUGCCCGCCAAAUUUGCUUGCAAACAAGUCGGCUGUCUUCAAGUCCGACGAACAAUGAAGAUUUUCGACUUUUCCACUUAGCGGGAAAUAGUUUUAACCCGUCAAAAAUGAACUUAACCGGAAAAGGAAGUAGCGAUUCCAUCCAGUUUGCUGGCAGUAGUGGUGACAACGAUUCAAUCAAAGUUUUCGUCAGAGUACGGCCUCUGGCCAAGGGCAACGGACUCACCACAUCUGGAGAUCAGAGCUUGUGUCUCAAAGUCACCUCGCCAAACACCAUACGUCUGCUUUCCAAACCAGAGCCGCGAACCUUCACCUAUGACCAUGUUGCUGACAUGGACACCUCACAGGACUCUGUGUUCUCCAGUGUGGCCAAGAAUAUUGUCGAGUCUUGCAUAAAUGGAUACAAUGGCACCAUUUUUGCCUAUGGCCAAACAGGAUCAGGAAAAACAUUUACAAUGCUAGGACCCUCUGAAUUGGACAAUUUUACAGAUGAACUGCGGGGUGUUAUUCCUCGCACCUUUGAGUAUCUGUUCUUUCUCUUAAGCAGAGAAGCGUCUCAGUUCAAAAGUUUUCUCUGUAAAUGUUCAUUCAUUGAGAUUUACAAUGAACAAAUCUUUGACCUCCUGGACACGGCCUCUGCCAGCCUCUUUGUCAGAGAGAACAUCAAGAAGGGUGUGUUUGUGGAGGGGGCUGUGGAGAAGUUUGUCAACUCCGCUGCUGAAGCGUACCAGGUGUUGUCUCGUGGCUGGCGUAACCGCAGAGUUGCCUCCACCUCAAUGAACCGCGAGUCUUCCAGAUCACAUGCUGUGUUCACCAUGACUCUGGAGUCAAAGGAAUCCGCCAAUGAGGUUGUGAACAUUCGAAUGUCUCAACUGAAUCUGGUCGAUCUGGCUGGCUCAGAGAGGCAGAAAGACACACACACUGAAGGCACCAGGCUCAAGGAGGCCAGCAAUAUAAAUCGAUCACUCAUGUGCCUUGGACAGGUGAUCGUAGCUUUGGUGGACGUGUCUAAUGGAAAGAACCGGCACAUUUGCUAUAGAGACUCCAAACUCACCUUCCUGUUACGAGACUCUCUUGGAGGAAAUGCAAAGACUUACAUCAUAGCCAAUGUUCACCCUGGAUCAAAAUGUUUUGGUGAAACAUUAUCAACAUUACAAUUUGCCCAGAGAGCAAAGCUGAUUAAGAACAAGGCCAUUGUCAAUGAAGAUACACAAGGAAAUGUGAGGCGGCUGCAGGCUGAGAUAAAGAAACUGAAGGAACAACUUGUACAAGCGCUCUCAUCUCGGCAAGUUGACCAUGAGAAAAAUGUAGCACCAGGAGGACCAAGUCUCCUAAUCUCAAAGCCUUCCAUGGAUAUUGAACAUGUUGCUUUGUACAAGGCUAAGUUUAUGGCUGCUGUUCAUUUAUGGAGGAAGCGAGAAGAAGAGAAAAAGGUUCUUCUUGAGAAGGUGUCUCAGCUCGAGGAGGCCUGGACUCAGAAGGACAAGUUCAUCCACUCCAGUCGUCUGAUCAUCAAGUUCCGAGAGGAUCAUAUCAGUCGCUUGGAAAAAAAAUUGAAGGCAGAAUGUGGCAUACUUGCAGACGUGGAGUCGCAGGCUCUCAUUGACCAACUAAAAGACGAGAUUAGGAUCUUAAGAGACCAACUCGAACAUCACCCCAAGAUGACUCGCUAUGCAGCAGAGAACUACAGUCUCAGAGAGGAGAAUCGUCAGCUUCGCUCCCUUGAGUCAGUCAUGAAUGCAGAAGAGGAAGCUGCACGAGUUGCUCAUGAGCUGGAAGAAGACUUCCAGAGAGCCAUAGAUGCAGAGAAAAAUACUGAAACUCCAACCGGUGCUUUAGCCUCCUAUGCUCCAGAUGCACUUGCUGCAUCUGCAACAGAGAAGCUGAAAGCGCAACUGGUUCAGAAACAGUCUGACCUCACUGCAGUUCUCCAGGCCUUUGAGGAAUAUAAGGAAAUCACAAAGAAGCAGAUGUCUCAGUUGGAGUCAGACAAACGAUACCUUGAAAAGUCCAACAGUCAUUUGGAGAACAUCUUAGAAGCCACCAAUGCUUACAAAAAGCAAGAAGUCUCUAAUUUGAACAGAAUUCAUGUUGAAACUCUAAAGAUUCUCACUACUCCCACCAAACCGUACAAUUUGCGCUCCCGUCUCAUAUCAACUUCCAGUCCAGAACAAAUGAAUGGGAGUGUCAACAAUCGAGAUGACAUUUGGGCUGAGUCCCCCCCUUCAGACACAACCGAGAUGGCCCUGACUGAAGAACUGCGCCAAGUGCAGGAGCAAGUGAGUCAGGUUCGGGCCCAGCUGGGAGAGGAGGAGCUCAAGAACAGCAAACUGAUGCAGCAAAUUGCAAAACUUGAGGAGCAGAUCUAUGUUAUCUCACAGGAGUCUGGACAAAAGGAGGAGCAACUUUCAACUGAGCGCGCCAACAAGAACAGAGAUCAUCUGAAACUGCAGGAGACGAUCAACAGCCUGCAACAGAAACAUCAGAGUGACCUGGAAACUGCAGAAGUACUGAGAAGUGAGAUCCGAGAUCUUCGGCUGGUGCUGCAGUCGUCUGAUAAGGAACUGGCCAACGUGAAGGAAAAGCUAAAAGACGAGCAAAGUGAACAGCAGAGAGAGAUGAGCCAUCUUUCCAGCAGUCUGAUCACCACGCAGCUCCAACUUGACAAAGUCCAGCUGGAUUGGGAGCAACUUCUGGAGCAGCACCGGAUUCUGCAGGAUUCUUUUGACCAGCUGCAAGCUGAGGCAAAGUUUGAUGCGGAUCAUGCGAGACAGCAGAUGCAGUACAGGCAGCAGGAGAUCAGUGAACUCAAAGCUCAGAUUGCUGAAUUAAACAACUCUCUGGAAAUGGAGCAAAACCACACUAGCACCCUGACCUACGAGUUAAGAGAGAACAAAGAAAAUACAUCAAAAGAACUUAGUGAAACUGCUGAGGAGAACACACAGCUGAGUAAACAAGUUACAGACAUGACUCUGCAAAUCCAACAGCAGGUAUCCCAACUUGAUAAUGUAGAGAAAAAUCUGUGCACAGCUAAUGAAACCAUAAAAGACCUGGAGCAGAAGGUUGAACAGGACAAAGACGUCAUCUUAGAUUUGAUCAACCAAACCAGAGACCUCCGCAGUGAGCUGAAUCACAAGGAACAGGCCAUUGCACAUCUGUCAGGAGACAUUAGAGAUGUCACGGCAAAGUACAAUGCUGCCUGCUUGGAACAGAAAGGCAUCGGAGACCAAAAGACCAUGAUGCAAGCUGAAAUUACAGAACUAAAAGAAAGGUUCGAGAGGAAUUUUGCAUCAAGCAAAAUAGAGGUUGAAGUGCUGCAGGAUGAGAUCAAUUAUGCAAAUGAUGAAGUUGAAAGACUUACAAAGAUCAUAGAUGAGCAAAACAAUCUCCUUCAAGCUGCUCAAGAGCAAGCUGCUCAGAAAGACAUUGCGAUCCAGAAUCUCCAGCAGAAGGUGCAAGAGCAGAAAGACGCUGUGGAAAAAAGAAACGGAGGUCUCAAUCAUGUCGAGGCAACUUGCACUCCUAAAGCAAUACCCAAGAGCCCCUGCACUCCAGGAAGCUUCAGCCGAGACCUGACCCAAGUCAUCGAGAGCCAGGAAAGGGAACUGGAUGAUCGACGGUCAUCCUUAAUGACCAUGGAGAUACUCUUAGCAGAGCUUAAUGCUGAGAGAGCUGCCAAGAAUGAAGAAAUCCGACGGCUCAAAACACAACUGACUGAGAAAGAGGUGUUCCGGAUGGAAGUCCAGACCUUGCUUGACCAAUUUUAUACGAAAAAGCCUCAGGAUGGCAUUAUAAACAGUGAAAAGCUUUUUGAAGGCAUCAAGCAAUCCGUUCUUCAAGAGCUGCAAGAGGAGCGAGAAGAUAAGGAGAAAGUGAUGGAAUUACUGUCUGACACUCAAAAAAAGUUGCAGUCCCAGGAGUCCAUGCUGGCUCAGUCACAGACGUGUGUCCAGGAGCUGACCUCAGAACUGAGAAAGCGCUGUCUUGAAGUGAGAGAGCUAAGUCAGAGGGCACAGGACGAAGACAAGCUUCUCAAAGAGAAUGAGUUUCUUCGCAAUCAGAAUCUUCAGCUGUCAGAGGAGAAUGGAAAACUUGUGGGACACAAAAAUCACAAGCAGAGGAUUGAAUAUUUGGUCAAGCUGAAGAAAGAAAACACCAGACUGCAGGCGGAAAAUGACAUGCUUCGUUCAGACAUGAGCCUAAUGCAAGACAACACGGGACCUCUGCUGUAAUGGUGCAAAUCUUCGCCUAUUUUCAGUGGACAAGCGCCUCGAGAGUUACAGUUGUGACCAGAUUCAAAGGGUUGUUCAAGCUAUGAUUGGACAGAAUUUUCACUUUGACUUACAAGGGCAGAUUUCCAAUCCGAGCGCUUCACAGUAAGGAGCAGUUUGAAAAAUGGUGAACAUUUCAUCAAAUAAAGUAAUGCUUUUAAGAAAGGAGAAAAAAAAAGACCUCUUGCUUGCUUGAGUUUCCAAAAGGCAGCUUUGUUUAAUUUGGUACAUCUUGUACGUCGAUCUUAUAGCUUACGUUGAUACUGUACACAGGCAUUUUUUUUUUAAAUAAAAC